AUGAGGAUCGAGAAGUGUUACUUUUGCUCAAAGAGCAUCUAUCCUGGACACGGCAUCAAUUUUGUGCGCAACGAUGCCAAAGUCUUCAGGUUCUGCACAUCAAAAUGUCACAAGAACUUCAAGAUGAAGCGCAACCCGCGUAAGGUCAGGUGGACGAAGGCGUUCAGGAAGUCGGCAGGGAAGGAGAUGACCAUCGACUCGACUAUCGACUUUGAGAAGAGGAGAAACGUCCCCGUCCGCUACGACCGCGACCUCAUGCAGACGACGAUCAAGGCCAUGAAACGCAUAGCGGAGAUCAAGAAAAAGCGCGAGCACGCGUUUUGGAAGAACAGGAUGUUGGCGAGCAAAGAGAAGCUACGCGCACACAGGAAACGCGCAGCCGAGAAAUCUGCCGUCAAGCUGCUCGAGCCCGCAACAGCAGACACAUCAAAAACCAAGGUCCGCGAGAAGAUCAAGGUCCAGUCCAGGUCAAAGAGCGCGCUUAUCGCUGGGGAGGGCCGCUCUAUGGGCAUGGACAUCGACUAG